UUUGCUUCCCACAACAAACAUACAAAGUUGCAAACACCAUCACUUUCUCUCUCUAACAAAAACCUCCUGUUCCUCUCUCUAAAAAUCCUCCAUCCUCUAUUUUCUAACCGCAGCCAUGCCUGAAGCCCCCAACUUAAACCCAAAACAGCACAAAAAGGCUCUUGAAUUCAUCGAGACCGUGACUGAGAACGCCGAUACGGUUCAAAAACAAGUUCUCUCGCAAAUCCUCAACCAAAAUGCGUGCGCUGAGUAUUUACAACGCCAUGGUAUCUCCACCUCCGACGUUGAUGCAUUUCGCCGUCAGAUUCCGAUUGUAAGCUAUGAAGACAUUCAGCACGAUAUUCAGCGCAUCGCCAACGGUGAUAAAUCUCCCAUUCUUUCAGGCCGCCCCAUUUGCGAGUUCCUCACUAGUUCGGGGACUUCCGGCGGCGAGCGGAAACUGAUGCCAACAAUCGCCGAGGAAAUGGACCGUCGAUCAUUCUUCUACAGCCUGCAGAUCGUGAUGAGCCAGCACGUGCCCGGCCUCGACAAAGGCAAGGCAAUGUAUUUCCAUUUCAUCAAGUCGCGAAUCCAGAACGGGGGCCUUCGUGCCCGGCCGUCUCCAGCUGAUUACAAGAGCCGCCACUUCAUCGAGCGCCCGUUCGACCCGUUCACCAUCUACACCAGCCCGACCGAGGCCGUUCUCUGCCCCGACUCCGACCAAAGCAUGUACGCCCAAUUACUCUGUGGACUUGCUCAAAACUCCGAAGUGGUCCGGGUCGGGUCAGUUUUCGCAUCCGGGUUUAUCCGCGCAAUCCGGUACCUGGAGACCCACUGGGCAAGGUUUUGCCGUGACAUUCGGACCGGAAGGGUCGACCGGGUGACCGACCCUUCGGUUCGGGCUGCGGUCGAACGUGUUAUCCGCCCGGAUCCGAUACUGGCCGACAACAUUGAGGCUGAGUGUAGGAAGGGUUCGUGGAAAGGAAUAAUUCAGAGGAUUUGGCCUAAUACCAAGUAUAUUGAGGUGAUCGUCACUGGGGCUAUGGCACAGUACAUACCGACACUUGAUUACUAUAGCAACGGUUUGCCUCUGGCUUGUACUAUGUAUGGCUCGUCUGAGUGCUACUUCGGGCUCAAUCUGAACCCGAUGUGUAAGCCUAAUGAGGUUACUUACACCUUGAUCCCAACCAUGGCUUACUUUGAGUUCCUACCGACGAACCGGUCUGAAUUCGACGCGAAAGAUUUGGUGCCUCUCACCGAUGUCAAGCUCGGUCACGAGUACGAGCUCGUCGUCACAACUUAUUCUGGUCUAUAUCGAUAUCAAGUGGGCGAUGUUCUAAGAGUCGCCGGAUUCAAGAACAAAUCUCCCCAGUUCAGCUUCAUCCGACGAAAAAACGUCGCGUUGAGCAUCGACUCGGACAAAACCGAUGAAGUCGAGCUACAUAACGCGGUCACAAACGGAGUGAACCAUCUUGAGCCAUUCGGUGCAACCCUAGUCGAGUACACUAGCUAUGCAGACACAACUAGCAAUCCCGGCCACUAUGUUCUCUAUUGGGAGCUUCGCGAAGGAGGAACUCCGGUGCCUCCGUCAGUCUUUGAAGACUGUUGCUUGGCUGUUGAAGAGUCGCUUAACAGUGUUUAUCGACAAGGGCGAGCGUCUGAUAAGUCUAUUGGACCUUUAGAAAUUAGGAUUGUUGAAGAGGGGGCUUUUGAUAAAUUGAUGGAUUAUGCCUUGAGCCAAGGUGCAUCUAUUAAUCAAUACAAGGCACCAAGAUGCUUGAAGUCCGAGGUUAUGAUUCAGCUCAUGAAUGGAAUGGUGAAAGACAAAUUCUUUAGCCCAAAAUGUCCCAAAUGGGUUUGUGGACACAAACAAUGGAUUAAGGAAAAUGGGGGUAUCUAAGGAGAGAAUUAAGUUUAGAAGGACGAUGAUGAGAUUAAAAUCUUUUGCAAUUUUUUUUUUCCUUUUUCUUUUUAGCUUCUAUGUAGGAGUUAAUUAAGGUAGGGGCUCAGCUAUGUACAAACUUUUCACGUUUGAAGGAAGCCUUUCUUAAGUCUAUAAAUCUGUAAUUGAAUGAGCUUCCUUUUGCUGCUUUUGUGUUUGUUCACUUCUCA